AUGAACCGCAAUAUACUCGCAUUUGGCUCGCAAGGCCGGAAUCUCCUCAUCACUGUUAACGAAUACGUCAAUCUCAGGAGCCGAUCUUGUUGGAUCGAUUCGGUCUCGGUCGUCAGGAGACAGCAUAUGCGGAAAAUGUAUCCGGCAUUGCGGAUCGUCAAACCGUCAGCUACCAUCCGAGAUGCAGCGGCCAUUCUAGAGCGCUACGGUUCCUGUCCGGAUCUGCAAACCCGAGUAGUUGCGGUUUUGAAAGGUCUUCUGGCCAGAAAAAUCGCCACGCCAGACCGAGGCGGCUCAUCGACCACCACCGAAUUCGUGGCAGUGUUUCUACAGGCAACUCAGAAUCCUUCGACUGUCGGGAGCAACCAUGCUAUCAUGGCUUCGGACCCAGGACUGAAAAAUAGUUUACUGGUAGAGCAUGGUCCAUUGGACGUAGAGGAAACAGCUCAAGCGAGGACGCCAUUUUGCAAGGCUUAUAGCUUUGCUAUGGGAGACUUAUACCCUCGGGCCUCAAAGUCUGAAUUUACGUGA